AAUGGCUGGCCCGCAAACCAUUCCUCAAGCUUUAUACUUGAGCAACAUGUUGAAAGCUGUGAAGAUAAGGGAGAGCAUGCCUGAAGACCUUGUCAGGUGCACCAGUGGAAUAAUCAUUCAUUUUAAGAGUAUGCACAGGUAUACUGUAGAGCUGUUCAGGAUGUGCCAGUUCUGCCCCCAGUUUCAGAAGAUACUUCAGAAAGCCCUGACUGACCAGGUAACCCAGACUUCGUUGGAGCGACAAAGGAAGCUGAACUGGUGUCGAGAAGUUAAGAAACUUGUGCCGUUGAAGACCAAUGGUGAUGGAAAUUGCCUCAUGCAUGCAGCAUCCCAGUAUAUGUGGGGCAUCCAAGACGUUGAUCUAGUGCUGAGGAAAACGCUGUUUAGUGCGCUCCGGGAAGUUGACACACGCAACUUCAAACUGCGCUGGCAACGAGAAACUCUGAAAUCACAGGAGUUUGUGGCAACAGGGCUCUGCUAUGACACCCGGAACUGGGAGGAUGAAUGGGACAACCUCAUCAAAAUGGCAUCUGCAGAAACAUCCAUUGCCCAAAAUGGGCUUCAGUAUAAAUCCUUAGAAGAAAUCCACAUUUUUGUCCUUGUUAACAUCUUAAGAAGGCCAAUCAUAGUUGUUGCAGACAAAAUGCUUAGAAGUUUGGAAUCAGGCUCAAGUUUUUCCCCUCUGAACAUGGGUGGAAUUUACUUGCCCCUCCACUGGCCCGCAGAAGAGUGUUACCGAUAUCCUAUCGUCCUUGGCUAUGAUAGCAUGCACUUCACGCCGCUGGUUGUUCUGAAGGACAGUGGCCCUGAGAUCCGGGCAGUCCCAUUGGUUAGUUGUGAAAGAGGCAGGUUUGAAGACUUGAAGGUUCACUUUCUGACGGACUCUGAAGAAAGGGAGAAAGAAAAGCUGUUGCGAGAAUACCUAAUAGUGAUAGAAAUCCCUGUGCAAGGCUGGGACCCAGGGACAACGCAUCUUACAAAGGCCGCAAAGCUGGAUGAUGGCAACUUGCCUAAAAACAUCAACCUAGUAGAGGAUUACUUUCAGCUGGUGCAGCAUGAAUACAAGAAAUGGCAAGAAAACGUGGAGACCGUUGGGAGGGAAAUGUGCGCCAGGAACAGGCUGGAGAUGUCCUUAUCCCAGCUUUCACUUGUGGAAGUGAAAUGUGAUACUCCAAACUGCCCGUUCUACAUGUCUGUGAGUACCCAGCCCUACUGCCACGAAUGUUUUGAACAGAGGAAGAAGGGAAAUAAGCUAAGGAGGCAGAACUUGCGAGCAGGCUCUGAAAAAUCCCAGGCAACGGGAUCUGGUUCUCCUGAGGGUGAAGCCCGUGUCCCUGCAGUGCGGUCAUCGAUGGACCCAGGAACAGGGCCUCGCUCUGCACCCCCUACGGCUCCAAGCCUUUUCCUGUACAGUGAAACCACUGCAAUGAAGUGCAAGAUCCCAAACUGUCCUUUUACAAUGGACGAGCAAUUCAACGGACUCUGUGAACGCUGCUACAACUCGAGAGAGCUCAGCCCUUACAGUAACUCAGAUGAGCCCCGACAUUCGGACUGUGUGACUUGUACAUUCUGCCUUAAGGAUACCAAUAGGACCUUCAACGGCAUGUGCAGUUCUUGUUUCAAAAGAGCUAGAGACCGUUUGCCACAGUCCAGUUCUGGCCAUCAGAGAUCGUCCUCUGACCCUACCCACCUAUCGCAGAGCCUCCGUCAGCAUUCUUGCCAAGCAACAAACAGCAGCUGUGUGGCGGAGCUGCCACGCACCCCCCCUCAGAGGACUGAAGAGCAGAAGAGGAGCAGUAAGUGCCGGAAGCCUGGCUGCAGCUUUUUUGGCACUCCCCAGAACGAAGGCUUUUGUACAAUAUGCUAUUUUGACUACAGGGAAAAUAAAGAUGCUUCGUUGCCUCAUGGAAGAAGGUCCCAGCAGAAUUCCCCUGCCUCUGGGCAUCCUGGAACCUCGGCUGCCAUGUACCAGAACACUGUUUUCUGCCAGGGUCAAGAGUGUGGCACUUCUGGAAGCACGAUGCUUGAGGGAUACUGCCCAAAAUGCUUUAUUGAAGCACAGAAUAAGCGUUUUCGUGAAGUUACAAGAAUGGAAGACCAACUAGUGAGACAACCAGAACGAACAGGACAACACAGAGAUUCACACCAGCCAGCUGCCAGCCCUCAGAAACGACAGUGCGCCACGUCUUCGUGUAGGAACAGCUUGGUCCCCAGGACUGGGGAACUGUGUCAAGAAUGCCUGCGAGCCAGUAAGCGGGCGCAGUCUGGGCAUCAUCGGGGAGACCCUUCAGCAGAUGAGCUCCCAAAGCAGCGCUGCCGAGCCCCUGCCUGCGAUCACUAUGGCAAUAACAAGUGCAACGGCUACUGCAACGAAUGCUACCAGUUCAAGCAGAUCUAUGGUUAGCAAGAGUGAAAAAUGUACGAAAGCCCUUGCAAGAAAAGGGAAGGAAGUCAUGGUGCUACAACCAAAACACUCCCUGGC